CUCCUUCUUCCGUCAAAACCUCCACCAAUUCUACCAAUCUACUGUGUCGACGAUGGUAACGGGACAAUCGAUAGCGAAACAGAACCAUUUGUCAAUCCACCCACCUAUCCAGUUCGUUAAUCCACUCCUUCAUCUUUAUUCGAGCGCCGACUGUGUCAUGCAUCAUCCGGGCGAGUAGUAGAGAACUGAAUCAUCGCACCCCUCCACCAGUGGAAAAGGACGACAACGAACUCUAAUCCACGGUCAAAUUAGGCAAAGAAGGCACCAUCAAACCCGGCAAACCCAGAAUAUCGAGGUGAAUCGAAUCUGAUAAACCCUAAUCCCAUUGUCGAGGGUUCAAAUUUUCAUCUCUUUGAGUUGUGGUGACUGGUAAGUUCUCAUGAGCUCUGGAUGUAUGUCUUGAACUAUGUAAUGGAUUUAGAGUGAAGAUCUGGUAUGUUUUGAUAGGUGAAAUGAGAUCUAAAGGUUGGAAAGACAGAACAUUUGUUCGAAGGAACCAUAUUUUUUUCUUUGUCGCGAAAUUGACCCUGAAACAGAAGGUAAGAACCGCACGCUGCUAGAUACAAUGGUCAUUGUACUAUAUGUAGCUUUUGAACUGUGUAUUUACUCCAUUGUGUUCAUAUGAUUGAAUUGUGUCUGAAUUCUUUAAUGUCAUGUUAUCUACAUGUGAGUUGUUUAUUAGUGAGUAAUCGACAUGUUGUUUGUAUUUGGAUUGUUUAAUAAGGAUUAAUAUGUGCUUAAUUAUGGUUAAGUUCAGAAUUAGCAAAUAAUUACUUAAAGGGUGAUUUUCUAACAGAUGUUAGAUUCUUGGGAUGAGAUUGUAGGCGAGAAUGAUCCUAAGGAGCCUCGCCGUGAAGAUGCAUUACUUUGAGUAGCCUGUGAAGCAGGUGUAGCACCAUCUGUUGCACGAGAGGUCUUCCAUGUAUAUGACUCUGAAGAUGCCAUGACUUCAUAUGACAAGUACCACAAAGCUAGGACUAAUCUUCGAGCAUAUGGGGAGACAAGGAAAAGGAAGGUGAAGGCAAGGGUGGUUGUUGAUGGAGUAGAGGUAGCACAGCUGGAUGAUUCUAAAGAUGAAGAAGUGGAGAGAGAUAGAGCUGUCAAUGUAGAGGAGGUUGGAUUAGGUGCUGCCAAUGAAGGGGGUUCCCAUCCAAAUCCCCAGUAACCUUAGCAGUAGGUGGGGAGGGUCACAACAUUCGAGCUACAAGUUGUCUGAAAGACUCUCUCCAUGUAAGAGGUAACCUAUCAGAUGAGGAGGGUGGUGAGUUGUAUGAUGAUGCAUCACACUACGAUCCUAAUUGUGAUAACAAUCAACUUCAGUUUGUUUGUCGAAUGAAGUUUGAUGGGCCCAAACAGUUCAAGGAUGCGGUUGUGAGGCAUGCAGUAGUAGUUGGGGCAAGUCUAAGAUGGGUCUGCAGCAACACUACAAGAAGGGAAGUGAAGUGCAAGGAAGUUAAUUAAAAUUGGAAGUUGUACGCUACCUAGUUUAGGAAGGACAAGUGCUUUAUGAUAAGGAAGGUUGGGCUACUACACUCAUGUUCAAGAUCCCUUCGAGUUAAUCAAGUAACGACAAACUGGAUAGCAUCGAAAAUGCUUGAAAGAUUCCGAAUUAACCCUAAGUGGGCACCAUAUCAGAUUAUGGCUGAGGUUAAAUUGCAGCACAAUCCGGAUGCAAAGAAGAGGACUUGCUACCAGGCAAAAGUGGAGGCCAUUAAGCUGUUGAGUAGCUCUUUGGAAAGCGAAGAAUAAAACCGGUAAGGUUAGAAAGUUGUUCUGGAAAGCGGUGUAUGCAAGCAACGUUGUCGACUAGAGGAAAGCUACUUCUGAGAUGAAGCAUAUUGAAGGUAAUGGAGAUGGUCCUGCACCCUAUAAGGACUUUAUGGAUGCUGAACCUAGACAAUUCUAUCGAGCUUUCUUAUCUACUAUCCCUAAAUGUGACUCUGUAAAGAGUAACAUAUGUGAGACAUGGAAUGGCAGUAUUAUCAAGUAUAGAGCUUUCAGAAUUAUUGACAUGCUAGAGCGAAUUAGGGGAUAUAUGAUGGGAAGUAAUUCAUAGUUGACCUUAACACACGCUCGUGCACAUGAGGGUAUUGGCAAUUGAGUAGCAUUCCAUGUUGUCAUGCUGUCUCGACCAUCAGUCAUUUGAGGAAGGAACCACCUGAUUACGUGCAUCCAUUGUACCAUGCAAAUUUCGUUUCCUAUGCAUACAAGGUUGGUAUGCCUUGUGUUGAUGGUCGACAGGCAUGGCCUGAAGCUUCCGGAUUUGCUAUAUACCCUCCAAAAAAGAGGCUAAUGCUUGGGAGACCAAAAAGAAAAGAAGAAAGGCUAUUGUAGAGUUUGAAACAAGCACCUAGAGAGGAGGCAUUGGUGAGGAAGUUACUAGGAGAGGUAACUUGAUCCAGUGCACUAAGUGUCAAGGUGAAGGACACAAUCAAGGGCAUGUCCAUUACCUGUUUCUUCCAAGCCAGUAGUGGUAAGUUGCUAUUAGAAAGUUUACAACAUUACUCAUAUAUUAUUGGCUAGUUUACUAAUGUUUAUAUAUUGGCUUUCAAGGGAUCCAACACACGGAAUAGGAGAAAACGAGCUGCUAUCCAACAAUAAGAUACCAAUGAGAGGCCAAAAAGAACAAUCACUGCUUCCAGUGUGGCCAACCUACUCAUAAUGCAAGGACUCACCCUCUGAAUAGAGGUGUGGGGUGUAGUAAGUGCCUGAAUGAAUGUGAAAUUGAAUGUGAGAAACCAAGUUGGAAGUUGAGUUUUAUUUCUUUUUCAGGAUGUGAUAUUGAAUGUGGGAGAUAGAGUAACGGUUGAAAGGGACCUACUCUAUGCAAUGACUGGGGUGGGUGUUUAUGUAGAUGAGAAUACUGGAAACUAGUAAGUUAUGGUGAGUGAAUUUUAGUGGAGUGUGAUAUCCAAUUGUAGCUUAAUGGUGUGUCCCUUUAUUUACUGGUUUGUGGUAUUGCAAUUGCAGCUUAAUGAAGCUCAUGGGAGAUAAUUUGGAGAAGGUCCAUCAGAGCCCAUACGAGUUACUCAGCCUUCAGUGGUGGAUUUGCAGGGAAGUCAGCCGCCACAAACACAACCUUAGGUGUAGACAUCGAAUGAUUCGCAUAUUUUGGUAUUAGCCGAGGAAGUAACUACUAUCUCACCUCCUUCAUGGCUAUUUUGGACGACUUUCCAGGAAUUUAGGUGUAGAAUAGUAGGGUAUCUCUGUUAUGUAUUGGAAAUCCUUUGGAGCAAGGCAUCUUUGCCUCUAAAACAUGUGUCUCUAUUAUGCUGUUACGUAUGGAAACAAGGCAUCUGUGCCUCUGAAAAAUGUCUAUAUUAUGUUGUUAUGUAUUCAAAUAAGGCUUCUUUGACUCUGAAACAUGUUUGGUUAUUUGUGGAUGUUGUAAUGUGUUCAAACAGAAUGACAACAGGAAAAGAACAUUACAUUCCACAUUGACCAGCAAAACAUUACAAUCCACAUAAUCGUCUGUACAUCAACUACCAUCACCCUGCCUACACAGAAUGACAAGGAACAAGGCAUUCACAAACAACAACACACUCAGCAUAUAUUUCAUUACACGGGUUUCAUCAUUCACUCUUCGAGCUUUGGCUAAUCUAACUUCAUGAACUUUAAACAUGUUUCUUAGCUCUUUUGCCAUCAUGUUUCUUUCCCUCUUCCUCCUCUGUGCCUUACACUAAGCCAUCCGUAAACUCUCUUCCAACCUGAGCAUCGAACUGUCCAUCUUAUGACUUCGUGCCCUAAUACAUCCUCAUUAGCAUCCACCCACCUAAAAAAUUUGCAAUUUUUUCUAGAUCCUGCGACAUCUCCAAUCCUCAGCUACCAACGAUAUUAAAAACAUCCAAGGGUAAUCGGAAUUAGCAACAACUUACCAUCCAAUAAGAACAACAGUAAAAUUGCAUGCCUGGUUUCCCCUCAGUCCCCAAAGUAUUUUUCGCAGCUGGUUUCUUGUGCUUGCAGAGGAAAAAAAUUGAUGCUUGUCGAACCCGAUUCGGUCCAUAGCUAACCCCAUUCCUCCGAGCAGUCCUCUGUGACAUGAUUCGGCUGGGAGAGAUGCAGACCCUGUGAGAGCGACGUUCACUGAUGUGCGAGAGGCAUCGGCAACAAGAGGACUCGCUGUCGGGAAAUGUAGGACUCGAAGACUGAGGGGUUUGGGGGGCGGGAUGACGACGAGCCGUUCCGGGGGGAGACGGAGGCGAUUGCGCCGUGAGGUUUCAGGGGCACGACGACGCCGGGGGGGAUAUCGGCUGGAAACCUAGAUGUAGCUGAGACUAGAGAGGGAUUCGAUUUCGAGAGAAGGAUGGGGUUGAGAUGAAGACGAUGGGGUAAUUUAUGGGUAAAAUUAAAUAUUUUUUUUAAU